UUGCUUCAGAACAAAGCCAAUGUGAACGCUAUCAAUGAACAUGGUAACACCCCCUUACACUAUGCCUGCUUCUGGGGCUAUGAUCAGAUUGCAGAAGAUCUUGUAAACAAUGGCGCCCUGGUCAGCCUUGCUAACAAAUUCGAUGAAGUGCCUCUUGAUAAAUGCAAGCCAUUUAUGGCUAAGAUGUUGAAAGAGAGAGCAAUCAAUCUGGGCCAGGAUUUGAGUAAAAUUCCUUUUAAGGACAGGAGCUGGUUGGGCUACAAGACAAGAAGUCGGGAUGCUGUGUUGUCACGUCACACUGGCAUCGACAUCAAGGAGCUUCAGCUGGUUGGUCACAUCGCCAAAACUCACUCUGGCGAGACUUGGCGAGGUACCUGGCAAGGCAAUGACAUAGUUGCUAAAAUCCUCAACAUGCGGACAGUGACAGACAGAAACAUCCGAGAUUUUAACGAAGAAUUUCCAAAACUCAGAAUCUUCAAUCACCCAAAUGUGCUUGCAGUGCUGGGCUGUUGUGCUCCGAAAGAUCCACCAGAUCUGGUGGUCAUCAGCCAGUUUAUGCCGUUUGGCUCGCUGUACAACACACUGCAUGGAGAAUCAGGUAUAGUUGUGGACCAGAAUCAGGCCCUCAGGUUUGCCAUUGACAUCGCCCGAGGCAUGGAGUUCCUGCACUCGAUGGAACCAAUGAUCCCCAGCUUCAUCCUCACCAGCAAGCAUGUUAUGAUCGACGAGGACUUGACUGCCAAAAUCAACAUGGCCGAUUACAGGUUCUCUUUCCACGAGAAAGGCAAGCUGUUCUCUCCCGCCUGGUGUGCUCCAGAAGCCUUACAGAGAUCACCAGAAGACAUAAAUGUCAGGGCUGCUGAUAUGUGGAGUUUUGCCAUCCUGCUAUGGGAACUGGAAACCAGGGAGGUGCCUUUUGCGGAACUGGAACCCAUGGAGAUUGGCAUGAAGGUGGCUCUAGAAAAUCUCAGAAUCUCAAUCCCACCUGGCAUAUCAAGCCACAUUUCACGUCUGAUCAAGAUCUGCAUGAACCCUGAACCUGGCAAGCGACCUCGGUUCGACAUGGUUAUACCUAUCCUGGAGAAGAUGAAGCUUUCCAGCGUGUAG